AUGAAGAUGCUGACGCGGCCAACCCUACUGGCCACCUUUAAUGUCCUCCUUCUCCUGCCCUUCUCACAGACCAUCGAGGCAGCUUCAGACACGCCUAAGAAAGAUGUGAAUCCCCCCUGCACCGUCCAGUCCGUAACGACAGGCGCAUUCUUCGAUCUAAGCACAAUCUCCCUAUCGCCGCCGGAAUUGAAGGAUGGCAGGAAAGUACACAAGAACGACCGAGAUGAAAGCUGGGAAGCUCGGGGACAUGAUUAUGGAACGAAUUUUACAAUAAAUAUAUGUGCGCCGGUCAUUGAGAGUGUGGUGGAUGUUGUGGGGGUAGAUAAGGCGAGAUGGCAGAAUGUCAGUGCCUACUAUGAGCAGAAGGGGAAGGUUUAUUCUCUCGGGGAGCAAAACUCCGAACCUAUAUUUCGAGGCAAACGACUCGUAUUAAACUAUACCAAUGGAUCACCCUGUCCGAGCUCCGAUGCCUCCUACCUCAACUCGAGAUAUUAUUCAGACGACGAUGACGACAACGACGAUUACGCCGCAGCACAAACCUACAAGAACCGAAAAACCGCCGUUGCUACCACCGCGGCAAGUGAUAGUAAGACGACCAGGCGGAAGUCGACAAUCAUGUCGUUCCUCUGUGACCGGGAAGCUGCUGCGUCCCAGGCCACGGUUUCUUUUGUUGGUACGAUGGAUUCGUGCACGUACUUUUUCGAAGUAAGAAGCUUUGCGGCUUGUGGUGGUGUGGCUGCGGCUCCAGAGGGUGGGCUUGGGCCUGCCGGUGUCUUUGGUGUGAUCGCUCUGAUCGCUAUCGUUGUAUAUCUCGUCGGAGGUUGCGCAUAUCAGCGUUCAGUGAUGCACCAACGUGGUUGGAGACAAUGCCCCAAUUAUAGCAUGUGGUCGGAUUUGCUCGGGUUCUUCAAGGACUUCGCCAUCAUCAUCUUCUCCUCUUUAACCCGCUGCUUCACGAGAAAGGGGUCUCCCUCCUCAGCAGGCUAUUCGCGCGCCAACGGCCAAAGUGGCCUAAUUGGUGCCAUCGGUGGCCGACGAGGUGACCGAGGCGGUCGAGGGGACGUCGAUGCUGAGAAUCGCUUAAUAGACCAGUUGGAUGAAGAGUGGAACGAUUGA